UUGUGACGAAUCCCAGGGUUUCAAAGACGGAAACCAAGUCCAGCACCCGGACCGCAGACACACCGGCAAGGACACUCCAAAACUGGGAUGAACGAUGGGUGCUGCCUCUAACGCGCGCACUGGAAUCAAGACAAAACACCAGGAGCUAUUCUGAUUUUACGCUUUGUUAGACCUUCACUUCAGCUGGCGCCUGUGUCGAACGAAGCCAGCGAAAUUUGAGAAUAACUUGAUGACAAGGCUUCUAAAAUAAAUUGGGAUUUAAAAAUAUAGAUUUUGAGAGCAUCUCUUCAGAAACAGGGGGACCUUUGAAUUUGGAUCGACAUACUUUUAAACGCUACAUGGACUGGAUUUGUAUUCAUUUUACUCAUUGGAACUUUGGAAUAAAGCAGUUUUGUAUUGCAAGUCUUCUCAGACUUGUUCAUUUCAUCAAAAUAUCUAUAUUCGGCUAAUACAUCGGGUACGCAUACUUGAAAUAAUAAGAACAACGAACUUAUUUUAAUCAAGCUUGUGGAAUUGUUGAUUGUCUCUCGAAAGAGUUUGAGCUUGGAACACGGAAGAUAUGCUUCAAUGGAACUGUUAACUUUUUCAAGAAAUCCCAGAUGGAGGUUUCCCGGUAUCAGGAGGGAAUAACCAGGAAAUCCGGAGUCCUCCAACCAGGAUCUCUGGGAAACCAGGGAAUUUAUUGAAAGUUCCAGGAAUUUUGCAACCCUAAAAGUUCGUCUGAUAGUCUGGGUCGACUGACACACACAAUCAUGGACAGAUCACUGGACCACUGAGUGCAAUCUUCCUCUUUAUCCUCCUCCUUCCUCCUCCUCCUCCUCUUCCUCCUUCCUCCUCUUCCUCCUCUUCCUUCCUCCUCUUCCUUCUCUUCCUCCUCAUCCUCUUCCCCUGUACCUCCACCCCAGAGGCUUCAGUGAACACCCUGAAGGUCCCACCUGGUUGCCAGAAAAUCAGUGAGACAGAAAGACAGAUCGACGAGAGGUUACAAAAAAACAGAGGUUCCAACAAACCCCCUCUGGUCUUUCUAAUUCAUUUGAUAACCAUGACGACCACUCUUUUUUCCUCCUUACCUGGGCACCUGGUGAACCCCCAAGUCCCCCUGUCAUCAUCGUUGCUGCUUUUGCUGCUGUUACAACUAUUUAGUCAGUGCCCGGCUGCUCCCUCAGGGCCUGAGUCAGACACCUGCUCCACUCUGGUCCAGAGCCGAUUCUUCGGCCACUUCCUGUCCUCCUCCACUUUCCCCACGGCACCCUGCUCCUGGACCCUGCAGAACCCAGACCCGCGGCGCUACACCAUCUUUAUCAAGGUAACCAAACCUACCUCCACAACGGACUGCAUUCCCCGGCAGCUCCGCACAUUCCAGUUUGACUCGUUUCUGGAGACCACGCGCACCUACCUGGGCAUGGAGAGCUUCGACGAGGUGGUCAAGCUGUGUGAAUCUUCAUCCCCUGUGGCCUUUCUGGAGGCUGGGAAACAGUUCCUACAAAUGAGGAAAGGGCCACCCCGGGCCGGCGUGACGGUCACCACCCCUAACGCUGGCGAAGAUGGGGAAUUUAAGACAGAGUACCUGGUGGUGGGUAAGCGUAACCCCAGCAUGGCAGCAUGUCAGAUGCUGUGCCAGUGGCUGGAGGACUGCCUGGCAUCCAGCACCUCUAACAGGCCCUGUGGCAUCAUGCAGACCCCCUGCCAGUGCUGGGAGCCCCCUCCUCCACAGCUCAGCGAAGGGGAUGGAUGCUACAGGAACGGGUUCUACCUGGAGAACUGCCUACCCAGCUCCAAUGAGAAGAGUGAUACUGACAGCAACGGUGGCUGGAGUGUGUGGGCGGAGUGGGCGGAGUGCAGCAGUGACUGUGGUGGUGGCGUUCAGACCCGGAGCCGUACCUGUCAAUCUCCCCCGGAGGAGACAUACCUGUGUGAGGGAGUAGUGGAGGAGGGAAGGCCCUGUAACCCUCAGCCCUGCAGUGGCAAAGGCCGUCAUCUCACUCGCAGCCAAUCACUUCGCUCCGUGGACAGCCGCAAGCGCGAUGGCGGCGGUGGCGAGGUAGACAAGACACGAGGCGGUGGCGGCGGACAGCAGGCCCCACAGACAGUGGACCAGGCUGUGUCAGGUGAGGAGUGGUCGUCGUGGAGUGUGUGUUCGGCCACAUGCGGUGAGAGCUGGCAGAGCCGCACGCGUUUCUGUGUCUCCUCCUCCUACAGCACCCAGUGUAGCGGCCCACUCCGAGAGCAGAGGCCCUGCAACAACUCUGCCGUCUGUCCAGCCGCUCUGAUUGCAGUGCAUGGGACUUGGGAUGAGUGGUCACCAUGGAGCUUGUGUUCGUCAACCUGCGGCCGUGGUUACCGGGAUCGUACGCGCAGCUGCAAGCCCCCUCAGUUUGGGGGAGACCCCUGUAUGGGGCCGGAGAAGCAGACCAAGUUCUGCAACAUCGCUGUCUGCCCAGUUGAUGGGGUGUGGAAUGAGUGGGCUAAUUGGGGUUCAUGCUCUGCAUCCUGCUCCAACGGGACCAUGCAGCGGAUCAGGGAGUGUAACGGACCUUCGUACGGAGGAUCAGAGUGUCGCGGGGAGUGGAUAGAGACCAGAGACUGCUUCAUACGGGAGUGCCCAGUGGAGGGGAAGUGGCAUCCUUGGACGUCGUGGGUGGGCUGCACUAAGACAUGUGGCGGGGGGAGCCAACAGAGACAGAGGAUUUGCUAUGGGCCCUUCUUUGGGGGCGAAAAUUGUCCUGGAGAUCGAGAGGAGGUGCGACGCUGCAAUGAGAAGCGGUGUCCAGAACCUCAUGAGAUCUGUGCAGAGGAGAACUUCUCCAACGUAGUGUGGAAAAUGACUCCAGCAGGGGACACAGCGGCCGUACGCUGCCCUCCCAAUGCCAAUGGGCUGAUCCUGAGGCGGUGCACCCUGGAUGAUGAGGGAAUAGCCUACUGGGAGAACCCCACUUAUAUGAAGUGUAUCUCCAACGACUACCGCAGCAUCCAAACACUGACUCGGGAACACCUGUCCAAGGCCCAGCGGGGGCUUGUGGGGGAUGGAGUUUCAGAGGUGAUGACCAAGCUCAGGGUGACAACCAGCGAUGGGACCAGCUACAGUGGAGACUUGCUGGCCAUAGUGGACGUACUGAAGAACAUGACAGAGAUCUUCAGAAGGGCCUACAACAGCCCCAGCAAUGCAGACAUGAGAAACUUUGUCCAGUCAGUCAGUAACCUGCUGAUGGAGGAGAACAGAGAGAGAUGGGAAGAAGCACAACUGUUGGGUCCUAACAUCAAGGAGCUGUUCCGGUUGGUGGAAGACUUUGUGGACGUCUACGGUCUUAGGAUGAAAGACUUCCAGGAUAUGGUCGAGGUCACGGAUAACUUAGUUCUGUCCAUCCACAAGCGUCCGGUGGCGGGUAAUGCAGACAUCAGCUUCCCUAUGAAGGGCUGGAAGGGGAUGAUGGACUGGGCCCGCAGCUCUGAGGACAGAGUUACUGUCUCCAAGAACAUCCUCUCCACAGGCAAGCCAGAUGCAGAUGACUUGUCAGCGUUUGUCACCGGGAUCGUUCUCUACAGAAACCUGGGCAGCAUCCUAUCUCUACAGAGAAACAGCACCGUGCUCAACUCCAAGGUGGUGUCUGUGACCAUCAAGCCCACCCCAGGAUCCCUCUCUACCCCGGUGGAGGUCCAGUUCUCACACCUUUACAACGGCACCACAAACCAGACCUGCAUCUCCUGGGACGAGAGUGACAGCUCUUCGCUGCUCGGAUCGUGGUCUGCCAGGGGCUGCAGAGCCGUGCCUGUCGACUCAUUCAGCACCAAAUGCGUGUGUGACAGACUCUCAACCUUCGCCAUUUUAGCACGGCUAAAUCCUGACAUGAACAUGGAUAAAAUGCAGCUUCCCUCUGUGACGCUGAUGGUGGGCUGUGGAGUCUCCUCUCUCACCUUGCUGCUCCUCAUCAUCAUCUAUGUGUCGGUCUGGAGGUACAUUCGCUCCGAGCGCUCCGUCAUCCUCAUCAACUUCUGCCUCUCCAUCAUCUCCUCAAACGCCCUCAUCCUCAUUGGUCAGACACAGACACGGAACAAGGUGAUCUGCACGCUGGUCGCUGCUUUCCUGCAUUUCUUCUUCCUGUCGUCGUUCUGUUGGGUUCUGACAGAGGCGUGGCAGUCAUACAUGGCCGUGACUGGCCGGCUGAGGAACCGCAUCAUCCGCAAGCGAUUCCUGUGUCUGGGCUGGGGUCUACCGGCUCUGGUUGUGGCAGUCUCUGUGGGUUUCACCAAAGCUAAGGGAUAUGGCACCGUCAACUACUGCUGGCUGUCUCUGGAAGGUGGUCUGCUUUAUGCGUUUGUGGGACCGGCUGCCGCUGUAGUCUUGGUUAACAUGGUUAUCGGGAUUCUCGUAUUUAACAAACUGGUGUCCAAAGACGGCAUUACUGAUAUGAAACUGAAGGAGAGGGCAGGUCAGAUGACAGUACCACUGUACAAUAUGACGCUCAAAUGUGCCAAGUGCGGAGUUAUCUCGUCGGCUGACGUUUCUACCACAGCUACCAGUAACGCCAUGGCGUCGCUGUGGAGCUCCUGUGUGGUUCUGCCUCUCCUGGCCCUCACCUGGAUGUCUGCUGUCCUGGCCAUCACCGACCGACGCUCCUCCCUCUUCCAGAUCCUGUUCGCUGUGUUUGAUUCGCUGGAAGGCUUCGUCAUCGUCAUGGUGCAUUGCAUCCUGCGCCGAGAGGUUCAAGAGGCAGUGAAGUGUCGGGUAGUGGACCGCCAGGAGGACGGGAAUGGAGACUCAGGGGGAUCUUUCCAGAACGGACACGCUCAGCUUAUGACUGAUUUUGAGAAAGACGUCGACAUGGCUUGCAGAGGAGGUAAGAGUACCGGCAAAAAAAAGAGUACUCUGAAGCGUUCCUCUCUCCAGGGUGAUGAGAAGCCAUCCUCCCAGCCCCUGACCCUUCAAAAGGGCUCUAACUUCAACACCAUGCCUGCCAGCAUGGCCAAAGUCCACCUCCAGAAUGUGGCAGACUACCCCAGUCAUACCCUCACCCUGCGAAGGGAGAAGGGUGGCUCCACCAAGGGAAUCAGCACCGAGCUGCCAGGAGCCAAGUCCAUCUACAUCUGUGACGGGGAGCUCUUUAAACAGCUGGACGGGGAGCUGUCUCCACAGGGAACAGGGGAGGCCGGGGGCCCUGAGGGCACAGGAACAGGCCCGGGCACAGGAUACAUCAUCCUGCCUAACAACAACAACACCGGCACCCUGGGGCGGCCCGGAAAGGGCAGCAAGGAGGACACGACGGCCAAGUACAACAUCAGCAUCGAGCAGCAGAUGCCCCAGACCAGGCUCAUCCACCUGGCCAACUCGGCGGGGGUGGAGGGCGUCCCGGGUUUCGCGCUGAAGAGCCUGCCUGCGGACCUGGUCAGUGUCUCCUGCUCGGAGAGGGAGUCGCCCGUCCACAACAUGCAGAACGUCUCCGGAGAAUCCCACAUGACCAACAGCAUGUGUGAACAGGGUGAUUCUGGGAACUCUGGAAUGAUGUCCAAGAGCGAGACCGUGUCCACUCUCUCCAUGAGCUCCCUGGAGAGACGAAAAUCUCGCUAUGCGGAGCUGGACUUUGAGAAGAUCAUGCACACACGGAAGCGUCACCAGGACAUGUUCCAGGACCUGAACAGGAAGAUCCACAGUGCAGACCAGGACAGGGCGUCUCCGCCUGGCGAUGGGAAGGCAGGGAAGAGGUGGAGUGUGUCCUCAGCAGGCAGCGACAAGACCAUCACGAGCGACAAGCAGCAGACACCCAGUAAGAGAGCCUGGGAGGGCAUCAGGAAGACCCAAUCUCCCCCGUCGUGGAUGAGGAAGGACCUGGAGCCCUUGGCGGCCUCUCCCCUGGAGUUGCAGAACGUGGAGUGGGAGAAGGCCAGCGCCACCAUCCCUCUGGUGGGACAGGAGCUCAUGGACCUGCAGACAGAGGUGUGAGACUGAGACAGAGAGACAGACGGAGAGAGAGCAGCCAACCCCGUCCCCCAGCCCAGCUCUCAGACAGACAGACAGACAGACAGACAGACAGACCUUCCCUUCCCGCAGCUCCACGUCUCAAUCUCACUCUGAGAACCAACGACCAAACGAUCAAUGACCAACGAAACGGGCAGGGGUGAGAGAGAGAGAGAGAGAGAGAGAAGCUCCUUUAUGUUAGGACCCAACUAAAAGAGAGAAAAAAGUAGAAGACGUACAGAGAGAGAGAGAACAAUUGCCUGCUAAAUGGGGGGGAAAGAGAACAGGUUUGCAGUGCAUUUUGUUAUUUUCUUAUUGCUGCUGGAAUCAGUUUUUUGUUUACUCUGUCAGAAAGUCAUAUAUCUGGUCUGUUAUUAUCCACAUUAUUACUUCACUGGGCACAUGCUUGAGUCCCUCUCCCCCUCCUGGUAGAUCUCUGUGGAUGGUUAGUCAGUUAGGCAGUUGGUUGGUGUAGUUAGUGUAGGUUAAAAGGACAGACUGCAACUGCCUAUGGACUCUUCUCCAGCCUGCUAACAGAUCACCUGGACCAGCCAUACAAUUCAUGUUCCAACCAAGCCUAUAGGCAAUGGACCUGGUCUGGACAAGACCUUCACCCAACAUACAGUACAUGUUCCAACCAAACUACAUGUCCAGUACAUGUCCCAAACACGCCUAGGCAGUGGAGGAGGCAGAGUGCUGGACCAUAACCAUGUGCCUCUCCAUGCCAACACAUAGCCCUGCCCCCCACCCUCCACUGCACUGUCAGACAGAGUACCCACCCCCUAAGACAGGAAAGGAGCAGACCGAUGACAUCAGUCAGCCAAAAGGGUGGAAAACCCUCCCAUUGCUGGGUGCCAUAGUGACAUCAGCAUAGACCAACAAGGAUGAGAUAUCUCAUUUGCGGAUGCCCUUAAUGACAUCACUGAAAGCCAAGAUGGCCAUAUUUCAUUGGUGGAAGCAUCUAUGACCUCAGCAGAAGCCAAGGAGACACUGUUUUGAUUGGUUGACUGAUUGCUUGAUGUACGAGCAGGCUUGGUACAUUUGUGGCAAAUUUAAUUCUGCUUGUUCGGCAAAUGCAGGUGGUAAAAAAUGAAGGACACUCAUGUCACAAAGUAUAUAAAGAAUUAUGCUUAAUAUUGACAAUGAAAAUGAAUAAAUAUAAAAAUAUAUAUGAUAAAUACUGUAUAGGACAUUACAGAGGUUGUGACUGCAGUAUGGGGUUAGGAUUAGUGCACACAGAGAAAGCACAAGGCUCUUUUGGAGUCCUGUUGUACAGCAAUGUAAUUAUUUCAACAGAGUUCUACAGAAUGAAUUUUAGCCUAUAAAUAUCUUUCUUACUGUGCUUGGGGAUUAUUGUUCUCAUUAUUAUAAUUAUGACCAUGAUUAUUCAGAUUACAUCUGCGUCCGAAAUGGCACCCUAUUCUCUAUAUAGUGUACUGCUUUUGACCAGGUCAAUAGUAGUGCACCGUAUAGGGAAUAGGGUGCCAUUUCGAACACAUAUUAUGAUUCCCCUCCCAUCCUUUUCAGGGUACUGGAAUAUGAGUGUUCUGUAACUCCAUGUAACAGUGUGUGUUUUGGUAUCACUGACUGUCACUCCCUCCUCAGAUCUGUACAUGUCUGACAUGAACCCUGACCUCUGUCACCUGACCUUUAACCUCCACCGCCCCCUCCUUUUUAGUUCACUGGGGUUGACUCUUUGUUAAUGUACAGUUUUCAGAGCACAAAAUGAAUGUGUCAUAUUUCUAAUAAAAGUAUAUCUAUAUAAUAAACUA